AUGAUAGCGAGAAAUUGCCUCGGAGAAUUGAAGAUAGACACGCACCAGUUAGUUGUGAAGAAAGGCGCAAGAAAACCCACGCGUAAAUUCACUGAGUUUGGAGUUUGGUAUAAUGAUGCUGAUGAUGAUGUUCCUAAAAGAAAUAUUGCUAAUGAUACUAAUGAUAUCAUUCCCAACAGAAAUAAUGGUAAUGAUACUGAUGAUGUUGUUCCUAAAAGAAAUAAUGGUAAUGAUGCUGAUGAUGUUAUUCCUAAAAUAAAUAUUGCUAAUGAUGCUAAUCCUAAAAGUAAUGUUGAAAAUCAUGCUACUGAUGUUGUUCUUAACAGAAAUAUUGGUAAUGAUGUUGUUCCUAAAAGAAAUAUUGGUAAUGAUGCUAAUGAUGUUGUUCCCAACAGAGAUAUUGGUAAUGAUGCUGAUACUGUUAUUCCUAAAAGAAAUAUUGGUAAUAAUGCUGAUGAUGUUGUUCCUAAAAGAAAUAGUGCUAAUGAUGCUAUUGAUGUUGAUCCUAAAAUAAAUAGUGCUAAUGAUACUAAUGAUAUCAUUCCCAACAGUAAUAAUGGUAAUGAUACUGAUGAUGUUGUUCCUAAAAGAAAUAAUGGUAAUGAUGCUGAUGAUGUUAUUCCUAAAAUAAAUAUUGCUAAUGAUGCUAAUCCUAAAAGUAAUGUUGAAAAUCAUGCUACUGAUGUUGUUCUUAACAGAAAUAUUGGUAAUGAUAUUGUUCCUAAAAGAAAUAUUGGUAAUGAUGCUAAUGAUGUUGUUCCCAACAGAGAUAUUGGUAAUGAUGCUGAUACUGUUAUUCCUAAAAGAAAUAUUGGUAAUAAUGCUGAUGAUGUUGUUCCUAAAAGAAAUAUUGCUAAUAAAUAUUACCAAUUACUGGUUGCUGUUACUGUUACUGGUGUUGCUGCUGAAGAUAAAAAUGCAAAUGCCAAUGAUGUUGCUGCUGAAGACAACAAUGAAAAUGCUAAUGAUGUUGUUGCUAAAAGUAAUUUUGCAAAUGUUAAUGAUGUUGCUGCUGCAGACAACUAUGAAUAUGCUAAUGAUUUUACCACUAAAGACAACAAUCCGAAUACUAAUGACAAUGGUCUCAAAAAUAAUUAUAAAGAUGCUAAUGGUUGUUGCUAUAGAUGA